GAGGAAUUUCGAGAACCCUCCACGGGGAAGACCUGCCUGCCCAAGGCACUGCUCAACCUGAGUGGGGGCAAGAAUGACACCAUCCCUGUCCUCCUGGACAUCGCCGAGAAGACAGGAAACAUGAGGGAGUUCAUCAACUCGCCCUUCAGGGACGUCUACUACCGAGGUCAGACCGCCCUGCACAUUGCCAUCGAGCGCCGCUGCAAGCACUACGUGGAGCUGCUGGUGGAGAAGGGAGCAGAUGUCCAUGCCCAAGCCCGCGGCCGCUUCUUCCAGCCCAAGGAUGAGGGUGGAUAUUUCUACUUUGGUGAGCUGCCCCUCUCGUUGGCUGCCUGCACCAACCAGCCACACAUCGUGCACUACCUGACGGAGAACGGGCACAAACAGGCAGAUCUUCGGCGCCAGGACUCCCGCGGCAACACGGUGCUGCAUGCCCUGGUGGCCAUCGCCGACAACACCCGCGAGAACACCAAGUUUGUCACCAAGAUGUACGACCUGCUCCUCGUCAAGUGUGCCAAGCUCUUCCCUGACACCAACCUGGAGGCACUGCUCAACAACGACGGCCUCUCCCCGCUCAUGAUGGCAGCCAAGACUGGCAAGAUCGGGAUCUUCCAGCACAUCAUCCGUCGGGAGAUCACGGACGAGGACGCUCGGCACCUCUCGCGGAAGUUCAAGGAUUGGGCGUACGGUCCAGUCUACUCCUCCCUCUACGACCUCUCCUCGCUGGACACCUGUGGGGAGGAGGUGUCAGUGCUGGAGAUCCUCGUCUACAACAGCAAGAUCGAGAACCGCCACGAGAUGUUGGCCGUGGAGCCCAUCAACGAGCUGCUGCGCGACAAGUGGCGCAAGUUUGGGGCUGUCUCCUUCUACAUCAGCGUCAUCUCCUACCUCAGUGCCAUGAUCAUCUUCACCCUCGUCGCCUACUACCGCCCCAUGGAAGGCCCUCCUCCCUACCCAUACACCACCACCGUGGACUACCUGCGCCUGGCCGGGGAGAUCAUCACCCUCUUCACUGGAAUCCUCUUCUUCUGCACAAACAUCAAAGACCUGUUCAUGAAGAAGUGCCCAGGGGUGAACUCUUUCUUCAUCGAUGGCUCCUUCCAGCUGCUCUACUUCAUCUACUCGGUGCUGGUGAUUGUCACAGCGGGGCUGUACCUGGGGGGCAUCGAGGCAUACUUGGCUGUCAUGGUCUUUGCACUGGUCCUGGGCUGGAUGAACGCUCUGUACUUCACUCGUGGGCUCAAGCUGACAGGGACCUACAGCAUCAUGAUCCAGAAGAUCCUCUUCAAAGAUCUGUUCCGCUUCCUCCUGGUCUACUUGCUCUUCAUGAUUGGCUAUGCAUCAGCCCUGGUGUCCCUCCUCAACCCAUGUCCCAGCAGUGAGUCCUGCAGUGAGAAGUCCAACUGUACAGUGCCCACCUACCCAUCCUGCCGGGACAGCCAGACCUUCAGCACCUUUCUGCUCGACCUCUUCAAGCUCACCAUCGGCAUGGGUGACCUGGAGAUGCUUGAGAGUGCCAAGUACCCUGGUGUCUUCAUCAUCCUCCUCGUCACUUACAUCAUCCUCACCUUCGUGCUCCUCCUCAACAUGCUCAUCGCCCUCAUGGGUGAGACUGUGGGCCAAGUCUCCAAGGAGAGCAAGCACAUCUGGAAGCUGCAGUGGGCCACCACCAUCCUGGACAUUGAGCGCUCCUUCCCAGUGUUCCUGCGGAAAGCUUUCCGCUCGGGGGAGAUGGUCACCGUGGGGAAGGGCACGGAUGGGACGCCUGACCGUCGCUGGUGCUUCAGGGUGGAUGAGGUGAACUGGUCCCACUGGAACCAGAAUCUGGGUAUCAUCAGUGAGGACCCAGGCAAGAGCGACACGUACCAGUACUACGGCUUCUCCCNGCCAACCUCCCACCUCUCCGCAGAUCGCUGGUCGACGGUGGUGCCGCGCGUGGUGGAGCUCAACAAGAGCUGCCAGCCCGAGGAGGUGGUGGUGCCACUGGGGACCAUGGGGACAGCAGAGGCACGGGAGCGGCGGCACGGAGGCACGGGAGCGGCGGCACGGCCAGGCCCCGAGCUCCCCACUCUAGCACGUUGGUGCUGGGACCCGAUGGACUCUGCCCAGGACCUCGACGUGGCCCUGGAAUUGCGACUGGGCUGGAUG